AUGGACUACGAUGCGUAUGACGCAAUCUUACACCAUGUCUUCAAGCAGACUCAGGGGGAUGCAUGGUUCAAACCGUCAGAAGAGAACGCCUCUGCAGGUGUCUGUCUCCGUGUUCAGCCAGGCCACUUCCGUGUCUUCCCAUACGAGAACCACUUCCUUGCACCCUUUGAAGCAGCCGUCCGUGUACUUAACCCUGUUGUCGCGGUUAAGAUUCGCAGUGCAUCCGUUCAUGCUGCUCUUGCGACAACUUCGAACGAUGAUGUUGCACUCUACGUCGAUCAGAACACGCGUAUCCAGAUUCUCGAGAACAUGAACUGCCUCUCAUGCGCAGACAAAGAGCAGUGUGGUGCUUUCAUCCGUGACGAACGUGUACUUGUCAUCUGGGCGGAUAUCCUUGACAACAUUAUACCCAUUGCACGAGAUUUUGAGGAUAAGCUUGUGAAACUCGUUUGGCGUGUUCGUCCUCCUCUCUCCCCGUCCACCUCCGCAAUAACAGCAGGCUCUAUCGGCACGCCCUCCACCUCCCUGUCACAGCGAAAUCUUAAUGAGAAACGAAAGAGCGAAGAUGACUCAGAAGAGCAGGAAUCCAUUGAAGUACAGCAGCGCGCCAAAGCCGCAGCUGAUGCAAAGAGAGGCUUCUCAUGGUUUGGCUGGCGUACUACCAAAGAUAGGCACGGUUUGACAACGGGCGCCCGCACUGAAAAGAUCGAUAUCGAGGCUGGUGACGACGUACCUGAGGCCCGACCGAUUCGACUCUUCGCGCCAGUUUACGGUGGACUAGCCGCUGGCAUGUCACUAUUCUUCAUUGGGCAUGGCGUCAAUAUCCUCGUUCAAGAAUGGAUGCUUGAUGGCAACAAGACACGCUUUGCCCUCCUUGGUACAGCACCAUUCUUGUUUUGCGUUUCUCUCUCCUUCUCGUUACAGGUCGUCACGAAUAUCUCGUAUUUGGUUGGCCCGGUUGCGCAGUACCAUGAAAAUAGCAAAUAUUAUAGCGCUGUCGCGCCAAAGCCAAACAAGCAAGUCGACAACAAUCUUCCGCAUAUUACUAUUCAGAUGCCUGUUUAUAAAGAAUCACUCAAGGAAACAAUCACUCCGUCUGUUGAAUCGCUUAAGAAGGCCAUGCAAACGUAUGCACGCCAGGGUGGAACAUCAAGCAUCUUCAUCAAUGAUGAUGGGAUGCAAUUGAUCAAGCCGGAGGAUCGUGAGGCGCGUCUGGACUUCUAUGCAAACCACGGUAUUGGCUUUGUCGCUCGUCCGGCUCAUGACAGUGCGAAUCCCGAUGGAUUCAAACGUGCCGGGCGGUUCAAAAAAGCUAGUAACAUGAACUUCGGUCUUUCUCUAUCUUUGAAAAUGGAGGCAUGCAUCAGGCGGUUGGAGACAGAGCUCGAGCAACGGCGCGUGGAGACUCGUGCUAGCAGAUCUGCCAGUCGAGAGGACUUGCAUACAUUAGUUGGAUAUGACGAUACUGAAGAGGGCGAUGACGAAGAGAAGCUCGAAGAGCGUGCUUUGGAGAUGGCGAUAGAAGAGACAUACGUUGAAUCCGGGAAUAGAUUCAGGCCGUGGGCUUCGAAUGCCCGUUCUUUACGUAUUGGCGAAAUCAUCCUCAUCGUGGAUUCAGAUACCGUGGUCCCUGAAGAUUGCCUGCGCGACGCCGCUCGUGAACUUGCGGAGUGCCCUGAGGUCGCGAUCAUCCAGCACGGAUCCGACGUUGUGCAGGUUGCACAUCAUUAUUUCGAGAACGGAAUGGCACAUUUCACUCGACGUAUCAAUCGGUGCAUCGCCAUGGCAUGCGCAAAUGGAGAGGUUGCACCCUUUGUCGGUCACAAUGCCUUCCUACGCUGGUCCGCUAUCCAGGAAGCAGCAUUUAUUGAUGAGGCCGAUGCGAAACGGAAGAUCUGGUCCGAGUCUAACGUGAGUGAGGAUUUCGAUAUGGCGCUCCGUUUGCAGCUCAAGGGAUACACAAUCCGAUGGUCGAGCUACAGUAACGGUGGAUUCAAGGAGGGUGUCAGUUUGACAUGCGACGAUGAAUUGAACAGAUGGCAAAAAUACGCGUACGGGGUCAAUGAACUGAUCUUCCACCCGUUCAUCCAUUGGUGGCGCAAAGGACCGAUCACGAAGCAGCUGUACACAUUUGUCUGGAGUGAUGCGCCACUUCAUUACAAGAUUUCCUGUUUGAGCUACAUGUUCAGUUACUACAGCAUUGCAGCAGCCAUUUCCUUCACUCUGGUUAACUACCUCAUCCUCGGUUUCUCGCUGGAGAUUGAUAGCUAUUACAUGCACAAUUUCGAGAUCUGGCUCGCAUGUGCGGUCGUAUACUCUAUAUCUGGUAAUAUUGGUUUCACAUUGCUCGAAUAUCGUCUAGGAACGAGAAGUCUGCUAGAUGCGUUGGUAGAGAACUUGACUUGGGUGCCCUACUUCUUUUUCUUCUUCGGCGGCCUCUCAGUGCAUCUCGCACAGGCAAUUCUUGCCCACCUGUUCUCAUACAACAUCACUUGGGGAGCAACGAAGAAGGAAGUUGAGCGAUCCAACUUCUUCAUCGAAGUACCCAAGAUUCUACGCCGCUUCUGGCUCAGCAUCGUUGUCUGUGGGCUGAUCAUGGCUGGGAUGAUUGUUUUAAGCACGAAUGCAAUUCCGGCGCAAUGGCGUAUUCCGGGCUCCGACUGGGCUGUUAUCUUCCCACUGGCAGUUACUAUUGGAUGCCACUUGUUGUAUCCGGUAGUUUUGAAUCCGUCGCUGAUGAUCUUUAGCUACUGA